AAGCGGGACCUGGUCACCUUGCAGAUCCUUUCCCUUCUUUCACCUCUCUAUAGCCACUGCUAGCUACUGCUAGCUGCCCUAUUUUGCUUGCUUUUUCAGUAGCCAGCUUUCCUUUAGGACCAUCAAAUCAUUCUCCACAUCUUGAAAUGAAGUUUCUCGUUGCUUUGCUGCACCUCGCCCUCUUGGCUGCCACUGCUCGUGCCGAUGCUACCGAGCCCGACAUAACCUUCAACGGCGACGUCGAGGAUGCUUGCCUGACCCCUCGUGUGAUUGCCGAUGCUCUCGUCCAGGCCUUGUUUGUGGAAUUUGAUGCCAAUGCCACCGCCGCACUCUUGGCUCCCGACUACAUUCAACACAACCCCGGCGUUCCCACCGGUGCGGCUCCCGUGUUGGGCUUUAUCCCUGCUCUCGAAGCCAGCGGCUUGGGUAUUGAGACCCACCGAACGAUCGAAAUGGGCAAUUUGGUAGCGUAUCAUUCAACUUACACCAACGCCAGCUUGUUUGGAGGAGAUACAUUGGUCGGCUUUGACGUGUUCCGCGUCGAAGACGGGCUUGUGCAAGAGCAUUGGGACAAUCUGCAAGAGUUGGCUGGACCUAACCCCGAUGGAAAUACGAUGACCGAUGGAGCAACCAUGGUCAAAUAUCUUGGUGAAACCGAAUACAACCAGUGGUUGGUCACCAGCUUUAUUGAGGAGGUCUUCAUGGGGGGCAACUUUAGCGCCUUGCCGUAUUACAUCAGUUCUGAAAUGUAUAUUCAACACAACCCAGACGCCGCCAAUGGAAUUGACGGGUUCAUUGAAGCGUUCUCGGGUGCCUUGGGAAACAUCACCUAUGACUCCAUCGAGUUCGUCGUAGCUCAAGGCAACUUUGUGUUGGUUGGCGGUGAGGGUACUGGCGGAGGCUUCCCACUUGCAUUCUACGACUUGUUCCGCGUGCAAGAUGAGUUCUUGGUGGAGCAUUGGGAUGUGAUUCAGGCCAUUCCUGCUCCUGAGGACUUUGCCCACGACAAUGGAAAGUGGUAAGGUAGCAAACUUUCCCUAUCAGCACCCUGGAUUGGGUUCAUCAGACGCGAUCGCGGGACUCCGUUACCUGGUUGUUAGUAGGGUGGUUUAUAGCCAAGAAUUGAUCAUGCUGGGACAAAAGAUCCUCAACCCAAUUUCUAAUUCUAUGUUCAAAUUUCCACUUUUCUACUGGGGAAACAUCACCUAUAACUCGAUCCAGUUGGUUGUAGCUCAAGGCAACUUUGUGUUGUGAGGGUACUGGCGGAGGCUUC